AUGGCAAUGGUGGCAGCGGAGUCGGAGUCCGGUAAGUGUGCGGAUAUGGUCUUCUCUGCAAGCCGCGGUGAACAGUCAGCGUAUCUUCUCGCACCAUGUCAGGGCUGCGGUAGCUUCGCAAAUCUGGUCAGGAACAAAGAAGCCUUCGUGAGCUUCAUGCGCCAAGUCUUGCACCUGAUUGAGAAGGUGGAGGGCCACCGAAGUUAUCAUCUUCGAGUUUCUGCAGGCUCUGAGCCAUCCACAGGGAGUGGGCGUCGGGGGGGUUUUCUACCUCCACUGAGCGACCAGCUGGCGGCCCAUAUUCGCCAAGCAGGCUUUUCGGUGUUUGUCUUUACCGACAGCGAUCGCAAGCGAGAGCCUUCAGAUGCGGACAACCUGCUGAGUUUGGACGCCCUGGUUGACUACACGGAUGCAUCCGGCAGGCAAGUGAGGCUGCCAAUUACAUCCCGGGACAUCACCCUUCGUGCUGGUGCUUUCACCCGUUGUGUACUUGAUGCACAGGGUCGCCCGAUCUUGGUUGUGGUCCCGAACCGUUGCGUGCAGUUUCAGUCGGAGUGCAGUGAUGACGAAUUGGCCGAGCUUUGGUCUCUGGCACUGGAUGUUAUCGAUGACCAGUGGGGCCAGAAGGCAGUCCAGGAUGUUGAUCAGUUUGAGAGCAUCCGCCUCAAUGCCGGCUCCUUCCAAAACGUUCGGCAUCUACACCUCAAGGUGUGGAUGAGUGGCCCCAGCUUCCAAGCCAAGUGGGCCAGCCAUCCCGGCUACCAAGUCCUCGCUGAAAGCCGAGAGAAGCGGCGGAGUUCCCUCGGCAGCGCAGAGCGGAAGCGAAAAGUUGGUCUUGACUUUGCGCUUGGAGCGACGGAGCUGAACGACCCAGUCCGGGCCAAGCGCGCGUUCGCGGUGGCUCGGACAAAUCCAGAGGCAGCCCAUGCCUGGUCCACAGACGAAAGCAGCCCGGACGAGGCUGGAGAAGACAGAUUCCUUUUCGGAGAGGAGACAAGGAGCUCAAGCGGCGGCUACAUGAAACGACGCCGCUCAUCUCGGGCUGCAGGUAGCGAACGGAGCGUCCCCUCGGAGAGCUCCGCACGCGAGAACCAGGCCGGCCGGAAUGACCGGUCGAGCCCCCACCGGCGAUCCUUGCUGGAAAGCCUUACGGAAGGGGUGGCGAACCUCUGGGCCCGCCCAGAGGCCCCACAAGCGACUCCACCUUCGUCGCGGGAUUCCUUCCAAUCGACGGUCCUCAUAAGCAAGGAUGAAGCUGAUCCGGAGGAGGUCAGGCGCCCGAGCAACAACGACAGUGUGACGAGGGAAAGUUUGGUUGAAGGCAUCGCUGCAGAGUCGCAGGCGACCUCUUCGCAGGCAAGACGCGGGACCCUGUUUGAUGCAGCCGACUUGGCCAAGAGCUGGAAGAGGUUGUCCUCGGACUUCUCAGCUGGCGUCGCAUCCUUUACGGAAGCCUUGAGAUCGGUACCGACCCCUGAGGCCAGCUGGAGAGGGGCUCGCGAUCACGAGCACUCGAGUGAGGCCGCUUCUUCGAGCCAGGGCGAUAGGUUUAGUUCCACGAGCUUGGACACUUUGAUGAACGAGGCCCAUCUGCCCUUCCGGCAGUUGCUGGAGGAAGUCCCAGACCCUGAGAACACCCCGGGUGGCCUCCUGGCCGCCUUUCCGCGGCUCUGGCGGCUUUGCAUGCCACAGGAGCCCCAAGCCGCGGGUCCUGCGGCCGACACAGGUGAUGAUGCAACGAGUGCAAGCUCUUCUCAGGCGUUUGGUGCGCAAUCGCCUCUUUUUUCUGCAGUUGUGCGUGCACGCCUUGUUGGACAUCUCCUUGGGUGCCACGAAGCCGUGUCCUCUGAGCUGACAGCGGAAGAAAAGCAACUCUGGGAUGUUUUUGUUGGCAUUGACCACAACUUGGCGGGUUCGAUGAUGGUCAGCCUAGAAUCUGCAGACGACCUCUGCGAUGCGCUGGCAUCUGUUUCCUCCCGAAAUCAUGCGGAGGCCUGUGUGAAAGCUCUAGCAGAGCGUGUUGAUGAUACCGGCGAGUGCGACUUCGCUGACCUGCUUGAUGUCUGGGAAGCCGCGAAACAACCCGACCAACUGUGGCAGUUCCGCAGCAGUCUGCGAAAUGGUCUGUCGAACCUGCUGGCAGGUGCCGGAAUUACUGAGGCAGCAUCGUCACGAGUUCCAGAGAUGCGAGCUCGCUGUGCUCGGCUCUCUGAUACUGCAUUGGCAAUGUCAGCUGCAGCGUACCAGCGUGCCUUGGUGUUGACCUGCAGCUGGCACUGUGAACAGCGGCUCCAGUCCUUCCUGAUGACCAAGGGCAGCCCGACCGAGCGGUCCCGCUCCGAAGUCAAGUCCUUGCUGGCGGUUCUUCGGGGAAUUCACUCCGAACUGGUCCCCACGGAGCGCGUGCUUUGGGAGCUCAUGGGUCAGCAGCAAGAACACUUCGAUGGAACAGUGGGGAAGGAAGAGGUGCUCUCAGCACUGGAGGAGUUGUUGGGUUUCCACGAAGAAGAUGCGAGGGCAUCGCCGGGUGAGCUCGAGGAACUCGGCAGGCUUCGUCGGCAGUGCCAGCGAAGGUCUGUCGACAAUUUGUUCGACGAUCGUGGGAGGACGGUCGUCGCAUUUGCUGACGUGCUGCGCUGGUGGUGGGACAUGCCGGAGGAGUACCGAGAGGCCGCCGGUCUGGCGGUUCCAGCUUCCGUGCUGCGACAAAGCUUGCGACGGCAGCCGGAAGAGAUGUUUCGUGGUGCAUUGCGUCGAGUCGCCGCCGAGCCAGCUUUUGCCCGGCAGGCUCUUCGCGGUCAUGUCCGCGCUUUUGCAGAGCUGAGGGCAUUGGCCGUGAGGCGGAACAUCGAGAGUUUCUCCAUCCGCUCUACUGCAGAGUCUCGCACCACGACGAGUGAUGCAGGUGACAUCAGUCUGGCGACUUCGGAGGACCAAGCAGACUUCCAGGAGGAGGAGGACGAGGCUUCCGACACGCAAAGUGCCGUCACUUCCCCGGCCCGGCAGUGCGGGGCCUGA